AUUGCUGUCGUACUUGAAUCGAGGUGCAUGGCGCAGCGAAAGUGAAGAGGACUAUUAGCUAAUGCUGGAAUAUUAACAGUCGUGGAUAUAUUUUUUUCUGGAAAACAUGCAGAAAUCCUGAAAUGAGAGUGUGAAAUGAUAUCACUUCCGAAAGUGUGGAUUACCAUCAUUGCCUCAUUGAUGAACACGAGCAGUACGGGUCGCAGGAAUAGCUGCUGCUGCAUUCAUAAACACUUCUUUAGGACUCACAACAACCCCUGAGCUUUGUGUGGGGUCACAGACACACACACACACACUGUCCUGUGCGUUGGCAAUGGCUGAAAAGGGUGAAAUGAAUAAAGGUGAUCUCGGUGGAGUUUUCAGGCUCCGGGAGGAACACGAGAAGGUGGUGAAAGACUGUGAAAGUCGGAUUUUACACUGGAAAAAGGUUUCCGGUGACUAUGAAGCCCUGAAUGAUCGUCUCAAAACUCUUCCUGAUCAAUUGUCCUAUGACAUCAUGGUGCCGUUUGGCUCUCUGGCCUUUAUGCCUGGGAAGCUGGUGCACACCAACGAGCUCACAGUGUUGCUCGGCGACAACUGGUUUGCCAGGUGCUCUGCCAAGCAGGCUCAGAAAUUAGUCGACCACCGGAUGAAACAUGUAAAGCAUGAACUUGACGAUCUAUCCAAGACGAUGAAGAACUUUGAAGCCAGAGUUGGGCUUGUGAAGGAUUUGGAGACGAUCUCGGCUAAUAAAGGCGACUGUGUUGACAUCAGAGAAGAAGUCAGAAACAACGGCACUUCAGUCACCAAAGGAAGACAAAGAAUAGCUCACAGACCAAAUUCUAAGCCCAAGCUGGAUGCCGUAUUGGAUCUAAAAGAGGAGGACGAGGAGAAUGAUGGAGAGGACGGAAGUGAUGAAGGGAGCGGGAAAGGCAUCUUGACUGAGGAAGAGCUGUGGGCUAGAUUGGAUGAACUUGAAAAACUGGAGGAGCUUGAAGAUGAUCAGGACAGAUUAUCUGACAACGCAGAUAUGAACGGUGAGGACACAUCAUCCUCUUCUUCCGAGGAAGAGAAGGAACGAGAUGCUGCUCAUCCUGUGAAUGGAGUGAGUUUGAAGCCAAGCUGGACCUCGGUGCCUCAUAGCAUAGCACCACCAGUCAUGGACCGGAAACAGGAGGAGGAAGAAGACGAAGAAGAGGAAGGCAACUGUUUGCCUACCAUCUUUUUCUCUCACACCGUCGAACCCAAGAAGGUGAGGAUAAACACAGGAAAAAACACCACAUUGAAGUUCAGUGAACGGAAAGAGCAGAAGGAACACUCAAAGAGGAAAAAGAAAAACGGACACAACGGACACUCGCACCACGAACUUCACAAAAUCACCACACCAGCAGACAUCUACAGGUUGUUCGUGGAUGUGAAGAACGGGGAACCCAUUCCCAGGAAGUCCAUCCUAAAAUCACGGAGCCGAGAGAACAGCGUGUGCAGCGACACAAGCGAGAGCAGCGCGGCAGACUUCGAGGAGCGCAGGGUGAUUGGACGGAGCUUCAGCUACGACGAGGCGACGCACAGCGACACCAGUGACGGCAACGCCGACGAGGACAGUCCUGUGGCGGUGCCGCUCCGCGCCACCAGCAGAUUUGAGGCGUUUUCAGGCACAGUGAUCGAAAAGGACCCGAUGCCGUCAGCUGUGCCCCACCUGACCAUCACGCCGCCAGCCCUGCCGACCAUACUGGAGAGGAAACAAGAGGAGGUGGCGUCUGAUUUUGCUCCGCCCCAGGAAGCCCCGAAAAAGGUGUCGAAGUUUAAAGCUGCCAGACUGCAGCAGAAGUGACGAUCAGAUAUCUAUAUUUCACAGUAAUUGUUCUUUAAAAAGAAAACCUUUUUUUUUUCUUUUCUACUGGAUGAUCCAUCCUCUCAUUUCUCCCUUUUGCCUUUAAUUAGGUUUCACAGAUUUCUGUGUGUGAGGAAAAAAGGUUUAGUAAACCAUGUUAACAAAUGAGCCUCAUGUGCAACUGUUUUUCAUCAAGCUCUGAACAAUAGGUGAUACAGUCUCUUUAUCUUACCUGCUACUACAUUAUCAAUGACGCGUCAGGAUGCUUUCUGUCAUACAUUUACCCCUCUAUUGCUUUUGUCAGUUUAGGUAUGAGUCUCGGCUGCAUUGUUC